GUCAGGUACAACAUAAUUUAUUUUAGGCAGUCCUCCAUCAGCUCUUAAUAGCACAAAUUUAUUUAUGCACACAUUAUAACCGCGCUGCUAGCUGCGUCUUCCAUGCCUCUUGGGCCACGUGUGAUUUUGAAUGGCGUACCGCUAGUCCUGGGCUCGGUCGUUUUGCUUAGCUCAAAGCGCAACGAUCUUCAUCAGCCCCUUUCUCACCAGUAUUCACUUUCGACGUGAUCACAGACAGAUCGAUUUGAUUCGAUUCGCAACAGCCGAUGAAGGAGCAGGCAACCAGCAGCAGUGGCCUCCCGCCUCCCGCCGACCAAGACGACGAUGUAUCACCAACAAUGCUUCCACGAACAAGCUUGACGCUGCCUGACCCCGAUAGACGACCCAGUGCAAGCCCACGAAUUCAAUAUGCUCCUACGCUCAACAUCGACACGCAGAAUAUUCCCUUUCCAAACCUCGACACGCGCCAUCGAUCUGCGGAUCCGCACAGGGAACGCUACUCAGCAUACUCACCUGCGGUUCUCCGUCGACGCACAACACGAGCCGCCACUUUCAGAACUGUCGAUGGCGCCGAUGACUUGGAGCUGCCUUUCCAUGAACAGCCCGGAUGGCAGCCCGGUGCUGAGCCCGGCUACGAUCCUCAGCUUCCCGAUGGCGGCCACGCGUCCAUGCCUACGCUAAGCGCUCCUUGCAAGAUCACCGUUGUAAAUUAUUCGCUGGAUCGCAUCACACAGCAUCACUUCGACAAUCAAUCAUUUGUAGACUAUAUGCAACAGGACGAAGAGCCGUGGGCCAAAUGUCGCUGGAUCAACAUCAACGGGUUGAGUUGGGAUGUGAUACAGGCAGUCGGUGCAAAGAAAGGACUGCACAAGCUGGCACUAGAAGAUAUCAUGAAUAUUCGCAACAGAACCAAGGCUGAGUGGUAUCCUAACCACGCCUUCGUCAUCAUGACGCUUCAAAAGCUUGUUCACAUUGUAGAGGUAGAUGAUGAUUCCUCGUCUACGUCCAGCGAUUCUUCGCGAAAGAAGCGCCGCAACUUUUUCGCCGGAACAGGAGUGGACGAUAUUAGAGAUCCAGAAAAGCUGGCUGUCCCUGCGAACGGUGGCACCGCUGCCAGCCAAGUCUUUCCCGACGGGCCAAUUCUACCAGAAACAUCCAUGUUGCGAUCCCUGCAACGAUACCACGCCUCUUCCAAUGAGCCACGCAUAGAGUUUAUGGAGGCACACUCUUCCUUAGCCCCGUAUAACCUCGCUGUCUCUGCGGAACAGGUCAGCAUAUUCCUAACGUCCGACAAUACCGUUAUUUCCUUCUUUGAAACAUCAGCCGCGGACAUUGAGCGCCCAAUUGUCACCCGACUCAGCACGCCAGGAACCAUUCUCCGUGAAUCCUGCGACGCCUCGUUGCUGGUUCAGGGCAUAAUCGAUGCAGUCAUAGAUCUUGCAAUCCCGCUUACAGCUGCCUAUACCGAUAUUAUUGGAGAUUUAGAGCUGGAUGUCCUAACUGCACCAAGCAUCAAGCAAAGCAAACGUCUGUAUAUUUGCAUCAGUGAAAUCAACAAGAUGCUCCGCUUUCUGAUGCCCAUUGACAACCUGGUCAAUGUGCUUCGUGAUCAUCGCACACUGCUGUCACAAGAACAAGCUGCGAGAGAGUUGACCAAUCCUGCCAGUGGUGUCAUCGUAACACCAAUGACCCAUACAUACUUGGGUGACGUCUUGGAUCACUGCAUUAUAAUCACAGAGUCUCUCCAGCAGCUGAAACAGUCUUCAGACAACUUGAUCAACCUCAUCUUCAACACAAUUACUGCCAACCAGAAUGAGUCCAUGAAACAACUGACCAUUGUCACUAUUAUAUUCUUACCACUGACGUUCAUUACUGGCUUCUUCGGCCAAAACUUUGAAGCGUUCCCCGAGCUACACCACGGCAUUUGGUAUUUUUGGGCUUGCGCUGUGCCUACCGCAUGUGCAACCAUUUUCCUGCUUAUGCGUGAGAUGAUUUACAGCUGGGUUGUUCGUGUGAUACAGCGAAAACAUAUUGUAUCACUUCGGAAACGCAAUUCGCGCCAAAAGGGAGCCAAGACAACGUUUUUCUGAUGCGCGCACCACGUUUAUAGAUUGUAUUGUACAUACAUAUUUCAAGUGCAUAAAUUGGGCCCAUGUGCCCGUCUC